AUGGGCAAGGUCGUCGACUCCGCCGGCUCCUCGUCGGGGCAGAAGCGGAAGAGCGAUGGUCACGAAGACAGUGUCGUGCCCGACGACCCCAACUUGCGGCUGUCGCUCGGCUGCAUCUACAGCAGCGUGUCCACGCAGUGCACGACUGCUACGACGCCGGCCGCUGUGAACCUCCUGCUGGCGCACCUACCUGUGCCUGCGGCCGGUGUGGCCAUUGCUACUGGAGUCCAGAUCGGUGCCUCCCCAACUGCAGUCGCGGCAUCUUCGUCGCGCAUCCUCGCUGCAUCGGCCUCCAUCCCAUUCAUGGCGAAACAACCGCCGACUACCUCUCUCGUGCCGCCGAUAAAGCCGGACGUGGUGGUCCCGCUCGGUUCACCGGUGGCAUGUUCCGCGCAACCUCCUUCGACCCGGCGGCGCAUCACCAAUGGCGUACUACCUCAACCUCAGCCGCCGUCGUCCAAGACUGGCUCCGUUUCUCAGGCUUCCACAAACGGCACCCCACCCGCGAUCCCGCCAUUUCCUUGGGCAACCAACCGCGCCGCGAUACACCACCCGAUCUCCUACCUCUUAGACCAGGGCAUCACCACCGUGGAGGGUGAGGUCAAGUGCAAACGCUGCGACGUCCUGAAGACGGUCUCCUACAACAUCGCCGUCAAGUUUAAGGAGGUCCGUGACUUCGUGACCCGCAACAUCCAUGACAUGGACGACCGUGCGCCAGCAGCAUGGAUGACCCCCGCUGUGCCGGACUGCGACGGGUGCGGACAGAGGAACAGCCUACGUCCGGUGAUAGCGUUGGAAAAGGAGAGGAUAAAUUGGGUGUUCCUGCUGCUGGGGCAGACGCUUGGGCUAUGCACGCUGGAACAGCUCAAGUAUUUCUGUGCGCGCACCGGCCAACACCGCACCGGCGCCAAGGACAGGGUGCUCUACUCCACCUACAUGGAGCUUUGUAGCCAGCUCUGCCCUGAAAGGCUCUUCAACCUGACGGCGGAGAGACAGAAGAGGGGUCAGCAGUAUUCCUGAGUGCCUAACCAAUGCAUGCACUAUAUGGCAAAUCGAUUAUGAUGUCUUUUCAUUUAUCUGUCUAUAUGGAUUACGUUAUGGAAAAUUGCGUGCAAUGAAAAAUGAAAUCAAUA